GAUGAGUUUGACAGAAAAACAGGCUAUAUCUCAGCUAGAAGGGAUCGGAGUCGAAGCCAAGUCGUGUCUCGGUGAACAGCUAAAAGUACUAGACAACCACGUCAACCAUCACUUAACAACUUGUUCUGAUAUCAAAGAAUUUCUGAAAAGGAAGGCAGAAAUUGAUAGCGAGUACAGCAAAAAGUUGGAGAAGUUGACAGAUCAGUAUAUAGCAAAACUAAAUUCACAGCUUGGCUCACAUGACAAUCGGCGUGGAAAUGUAAGUUCACCGAAUCGUACCCUAAACGGAUAUCAGCAGUGUUUUUACUCACUUCUUAAUAUAUCAAAACAGACAUGUUAUGAUGUAAAUAAUGACUCCCAGCUUACAAAUGAUUACAUCAUGGAUCAUUUUGCUACAGUCACUUCUGUUCUUAAGCAUAUGUCUGAACAAAGCCGACUGCCUUUGCAAAAAAGCCACGAAGAAUUUCUAAUACUGGCAAACCAAUUGACUGGCUUUUUGAAGGCCUAUCAAAAUAGUCACCUGAGUUAUCGGCAGGAAAAUUCAAAGUUCGAAGCUGCAUCGCAAGAAUUUGACAAGGUAAAAUCUGCUGGUGACACAAAAGGAAGAAAUGCCGGUAAACUGAAAUCCGCCGAGAAAAAGCGUGCAAAAUGUCAGAUGAAACGAGAUGAUGCAUUUGCAACUUUUAACAAAAACAGGAAUGAAUAUGUUCUCGCAAUUCAUGCAAUGAACUACUUUCUAAAUGAUAUCUAUAAUACAGCAGCACCGCAGACCCUUGACGCCAUGUUUCUAGGUCAUUUUGAGUGGUCGCAAUGUGUAUUCAAAAGUGUUUACCUUCUGCAAGAAGAAAGUCUUAAAAAACGGUCUGAGAAGGUCAGGGAGUUCAGAAAUGCUGUAAAUGCAUUGAAUUCUAUGAAAGAAACUCAGGGGUUCCUGGACGAUAACUCGUAUGCCUUUACACCCAAAGAAAGUCUCAAAUUUUCUUUCGCGCCUCAUAUUACAAAAGGGUUUACUGAUGAGAUAUCUGUCUUGUGUCUUGACGCCUCACUGAAAGAGAAAUAUGAUCAAAUCAAGUCCUCAUUUGCCAACUACGAAUCGCAAGUUAAAGACGUGGACAUGUUGCUUGCCAAGUGCAGAGAAACGGUCACUGAUACUGUGGGUAAACUGUAUCUGGACAAUAGUACCAUUCUUGACUCUUUCACGAUGAACAGAGAAAAAUCGCUCGUUCUUUUCACACAGCACUUUGAUGAGAACAUCGAGCGUCUUCGUGAACAUCAAAAUGCCUUCAUAUUACAUAAUGCAACCAGAGGACCUCUUGCAAACAGCUGUGUGAGACUGAAGGGACGAAAAGAUAUAAUCGAAUCGAUGUUUGGCGUUGACAUUGAGAUAAAUGUUGGAUCUUACAAUACAGUUUCAAGGAAUCGCAGGCGACUCCGAGGGCCUCAGAGCAUUCUACCAUCGCAGUUGAAGCCGAAGUAUAAGGUGACAGUUGCUCUGUUCGGAGGAAAAAUUGAGACGUACUGUGCUUCUGCCCAAAUUGACAUACCUCCAGUUGUCACGAGCUGCAUCAAUAGAAUUGUCAAUACCCCUGGUGGGUUGACUCAUUCUGGUAUAUUUCGUCUGAACGGGUCACAGUCGGAAAUUAAUAAUCUAAAAAGCCUUUUUGACAAGCACGAAGAUCCGCUCGAAGACGACAAUCAGACUUGGAACUGGAACACAAUUGCGGGGCUACUGAAAUUGUACUUCAGAGAAUUGGAGGAACCCCUCUUUCCCAGAGGACGCUUCACAGAAGUGAUUGAAACCUUGUCCACCAGGCAAAACAGUGAAUCUGAUUUUCUAUCGCAGCUUACUGCAUUCGUGUCUUCUUUAAAUGUUAACGUGAUGAUAACAAUGCGUUAUUUGUUCGACUUUCUCAAGUGUCUUUCGCGGUAUUCAGACCAGAAUAUGAUGGACGACUAUAACCUGGCUGUUUGCUGGGGACCAACCUUGCUUCCGAUCCCCGAAGACAAAGACCAAGUGUUGCACCAUAAUGACGUGAUAGAGGUCAUCCAGACUUUCAUUAACCAGUCGUAUCAGAUUUUCCCCAGAAACUACGGCUUGCUUCUUGAUGACGUGGCCGACAGCCUGGGACCGGGAAGCGUAUCUGAAGGAGACAUGGAGUAUGACGAAACCGAUGACGAAAUGCUAGAAGACGCCGACGAUUCAUACAAAGAUGACACUGUUUCUACAUACAGCAUGACUUCGCACAACGCACCAGACUUAGUUAUGGAUUUACCGGCUAACGCAACCGUCGAUUCUUCAGAGUCAGGCGAGAACCUCUGCUCUUCACCUGUUCCCUCAUUGACUUCAACCACAUCAAAUGCAGGAUCGUCAGCAGAGCCCACUAAUGAGAGGCCUAGAGCUAUCUCUUUGAACAUUGAAGUGGAUCCACUCGGAGUCAAGACCAGUCCCAUGCUGGCUGCAAGAAAGUUGGAGCUAGAGAAAUUGGGCGGAAUAAAUCUUGGAGAACCAAAAGUUUUGCCGAGGAAGCCAGGUAAGGGUGCGAAAGUCCAAAGCCCUACUGGAGGCAGCCAUGCUUCUGUGAGUACAACUGGGAGUUCAGAAUCUCUGAGGGAUCCAGUUCAAGCUUCACAAGUGCCAGCGUUUAAAAAAUCCUCCUCCUCAUCGGCAGCUGCGAGUCCAGCUGCUGCUAUAAAAUCUUCGGCAAAAGGCGUCUCGUCGCCGACCAUUAAGGAUGACGUUGAAGCUUCGGGAGUAUCAUCUGAUGUCAAGGUUUUCCCGCCUCCCGUUUUCCCGAAACCUUCGAAGAAAUAACCAUUUAUACUCUAUCUUUUCUACACAUUCUUGUAAAUCUAUGCGCAGAAUAAAACAGAAAUUGAUUCUAACAUAGUGGAACAAUUUGACUGGUUGUUUGAUUUAUUUGUAGUUUGAUUGCUAGUUGUGAUUCAAAGAACUUGAAGAAGUCGAAUUUGCUUUCCACAGAUAUUUUCGGUUUUUGAUAUAUAUACAGUAAUUGCCAAUAUCUGUGGCUAGCAUCCUUAACAUUUAUUUUCUUCAGUUUCGUAUUUAUUCGUUGUAGUAAAUUGAAACUUUUUUUAGUAUGUGGCGAAGUUAAAAAUCUAUCUAGUUGUCGUAAUAUUUCAGUUUUAGAUUAAAUUAUUAAUGUCAGCUCAAAUCAAUGUUU